AUGGAAUAUUGGCGUUGGGAAUAUCGAAACCGACAUUUUGUCCACAUAAACAGCAGUUUAUGUUUGGAUGAACCAAUAGAAACAGCUAAUUCCUUCCCUUCUGCAAAUAUUUUUAAUUUUGAUGGAAAAGAGGAAAAACCUGAAAGAUUACCAAAAAUGUCAAAAUGUGUUAGGGGAAAAUAUUCACAGCAAUGGGAAUUAAAUGAAAUUAAAUGGCUUCCAGAGAAUAAUAAAAAGAAUUAA